CAGCUGUGUGGAAAUUUAUCGACACCUGCUCAUCUCUAAAUCAAUCGUGCGUAUAUUUAUUUGUAAUAUAUUUUUCCAAUUUUCUGCCUAAAAUUUGAGAAAUGGGUGGACAUCACGGAGAACCUUACCAAGUGCCCCAUGCAUCGGCCUACAAAGUAGAGUGUGUGCCACAGCUCGUGGAAGUGAAGGAGGCACUUGCUCGGCAGGGCUUGAAGGAUCCCUGGCUCAGGAACGAGGUGUGGCGCUAUGAGCCCAAGCAAUUCGGCACCCACAAAGGUCGCUUGAACACUUUCCUUUUCCGCGGCCUCGGCGUGGGAUUCUGCGCUUUCCUCGUCACCGCCGCUGUAGAAUAUGGCCUGGGCAUUGGCAAGGGUCAGGGCGGUCAUGGCGGUCAUGGUCAUGAAAAGGAUGAACACGGAGAUAAGGGUCACCAUUAGUUAAAUUUACGGAAAAUAAACCCUCGCUGGGAUAUCGCUUCGAA